AGUUUCGUGAAGUGAGGCAAGCGGAAAGCGUACAACACAUGAAUGCGUUUCAUUCUGGUUUUAUUUCAAAAGUUAAUUCUUGCGGUCCAAUAAAACUUAGAAAAUGCGCUUCAGAGGAAAGAUUGUAGAUGUUGGAUGCAUCCAGCACUUCACACGAGUGAUCAGCAUGGUAGCAAAACUUGCCAAGAACUGUACUGUAAGAAUAACCUCCUCCAAGAUCUACUUUAUUUUAUCAGAGAGGUUGGUUAACGGCGGGGUCAACAUAUGGUGUGAGCUGUCACAGACUAAUUUCUUCAGUGAGUAUGCUAUGGAUGGGCUGUCAGAGGAGUAUAACGAGAUCUUCCUCGAGGUCGUCCCAGACAAUAUGGUGAAGUGCCUGAAGACUGCUCAGACAGCAAAGUCCGUCAAGAUCAAACUGACAAAGAAACACAGCCCUUGUUUGACUUUUGAAGUGGAACUUCCCUCACUGACUGGUCAUUCCCGUGUGGUCACUCAUGAUGUCCCAGUUAAUGUAAUACCAAGAAGACUUUGGGAUGAGUUUGAAGAACCAGAGAUGCCAGACUUUGAUGUCAGUAUUUACAUGCCGUCCCUAAAGGUGCUGAGAAAUGUGACAGACAAAAUGAAAAAUUUGAAUAACUAUGUGACAAUAGCUGCCAAUGGAAGUGGAGAAAUGGUGCUGAAAGUUGAGACAGACAUGGCAUCUGUUUCUACACAUUUUGGGGACCUGUCUAACCCACAGUGGUCUAAAGAAAACAUGUCAGCUGCAGCCAACAGCCAGCCAAAGGACAGAGACCCUGAGAAGUUUGCAGAGGCCAGGAUAGACAUCAGGAAGUUUUCCCAGUUUUUAUCAGGGCAGCAAGUGAACCCAGAAAGGGUGAUAUGCAAUAUACUGGACAACAGGGUGGUGCAUUUCUUCCUCCUGCAUGAUGACGUGUCCCUGCAGUACUUCAUGCCUGUCAUAUCGUCAUGACAACAGUAUGUCAUGCCAGACAUUGUCAUGACAACACUACUUCAUGUUGUUCAUAUUGUUGUGACAACAGUACCUCAUGGCAGUCAUAUCAUCCUGGCAACGCUACUUAAUGCUGUUCAUAUUAUCAUGACAACAGCACUUUAUGCCAAUCAUAUCGUCAUAAUAACAGAACCUCAUGCCCAUUAAAUUGUCAUCUCAGUUGAUUUCAUGUUGUCAGUUUUUUUAUCGGUUGAUUAUUUAAUGUUGUCAGUUUUUCUUAUCUCAGUUGAUUAUAUAGUGUUAUCGGUUUUUCUUAUCUCAGUAAGGGUUUUCUGCAGCCUUCAACUACCUUCAGAACAACAAGGCAAAGCUCUGUAAAUGAUGUAAAAGAUUUUACUUGUAAAGUUGAAAUUCUAAAAUCCAGAAACAGCAAAUUGUAAUUAUGGUUUUAAACGGUCAGCUUGUGCCCUUUCCAGCAAGAAUCAACCGACUUUGUUUUUGGUUCAUUAUCAAUAAAUUAAUGCUGUGUAAUGGUAAAUCGAUGUCUUAAACGUUUAUUUAUCUUCAUGUAUUUUCCUUGAAUUUAAAGAUCCGUUGUUCUGCUUGAAACUAUAGCACAUAUUCAAAACUCAAAACUCUGGAAGGGAGAGGGCACAUAAAGAUUUAUCUCAUACAUGUUUUGUUUAAAUGUUAUCUAAACUUGUUGGCGUCUUAUAAAUUAUCUCAGAUUUUAUUAUAUUAAUAAUAAAUCCUAGUUGACUAUU